CGAAAGCUUGUCUCUCUCACCAGCAGAAGAAGUUGGUCCAAUAAAAGAUAUUACCUCCCCCACCUUGUCUCUCUUUUUGAACUAUUGUCCAUUUCGAUCCUAUUUGUGAGACUUUCCUUCUUAGUCUAUGGUAUAAUGAUCACCUUAAAAUUAUCCCUUUAAUAGAGAACAAAGUUAGUUACUAACUGCCAGUCUCUGAGUUAAUGUUCAGAAUCUCGAUUGUAUUGCAAAGCUGAAGAACUGAGGGGCAGUUUAGUUGUAGGUUUUUAUUAAGUUGAUGGGAGGCUGGGAUCCCUUUCUGAGCAGUAGCUCUUGCACUCAGGUAGCUUUUGCCUUCAGGCUUCCAAGUUGAUCACACAUCCAGCUUUGUACUCUGAACUCUAACCAAAAAAUCUUGAUCUCCACUUCCUGGAAAUAAAAUCCAGGGAGCCAGACUCCGCCUCUCAGAAGGCAAAUCCUGUAACAUAGCACUGGGGAAGAGGAAAGGAAUGCAGCUGAUCUUAGAAAGCAACUGAAGGACGAAAACUGCUAGAGCCCAGAAGGGAUCCUAGGCUCUGAUCAGCGAAAAAGCCUACAACAACCAAACUGAAUACACACCUAGCAUUACCAGGAUGGAAAAUGAUGAAAGUGUAUUAAGGAGGAAAUUAGAAAUGGUCUGUGGUGUUCCCCUAUUCUGGAGUAUUGUUGAAGAAUGGGCCCAGGUGGAAUCAUUCCAAGCGAGGCCAGAUGACCUUCUCAUUUCCACCUACCCGAAAUCAGGCACAACCUGGAUCAGUGAAAUUGUGGACAUGAUCUAUAACAACGGUGAUGCUGAGAAGUGUAAACGGGAUGCGAUUUACGUUCGGGUCCCUUUUAUGGAGCUGAUCAUCCCAGGAAUUUCAAAUGGUGUUGCACAGCUGGCUAAAAUGCCCUCUCCCCGAUUAGUAAAGACCCAUCUUCCUGUUCAACUCCUUCCUGACUCCUUCUGGGAAAACAACUGCAAGAUCAUCUACGUUGCCCGAAAUGCCAAGGAUGUGGCUGUCUCUUAUUACCAUUUCUACCAAAUGGCAAAGAUGCAUCCAGAGCCUGGCACCUGGGAUGAAUUCCUGGAGAAGUUUGUAACUGGGGAAGUUGCGUUUGGACCUUGGUAUGAUCAUGUGAAAGGCUGGUGGGAGAAGAGAAAGGACAAGCCGAUUCUGUACCUGUUCUAUGAGGACAUGAAAGAGGAUCCUAAACGUGAAAUACAAAAGGUGUUACAGUUUCUGGGAAAGGACUUGAAGGAGGAUGUGGUGAAUAAAAUCCUCCAUCACACCUCAUUCCAGGAGAUGCAGAAGAACCCCACUGCCAAUUAUAAGAUGGUAUCAAAAGCUCAUAUGGAUCACAGUGUGUCUCCCUUUAUGAGAAAAGGUAUUGCGGGCGACUGGAAGAAUCACUUCACCGUGGCCCAGAAUGAGGCAUUUGACUCAGAUUAUAAAGAGAAGAUGAAGGGAUCGACACUGCAGUUCCGAACGGAGAUCUGAUGCAGCAGUAGCUUCCUUCCCCCAUCUGGCUUAAGUGUUUAGUUGGCUUGGACAAGGGAGAAACUGAAAUUAAAUGGGAGCACCAAAGCGAACAGCAACUGUUAACUACUUUAAAUAUGAUUUUUUCCAUAUGUU